AUGACUAAAACACCGGAAAUACGGUCAGAUUUGCCGCACGCGUGUUCUCCAGCAACACAAAAUCUCCCUCAAGUUAAACUCUUAAGUUUGUUUCACACAUUUUUUUUUUUAGCGAAACAUGACGAAGGUAAAGAAGGAGAAAACUGUCGAAGAGGAGACUGGGGGAACCGAGAAAUCAUAUCAAGAAUUAAUAGCUAAUGUAAACCCAAUCGCAAACCCGCUUGCAUCGCGUAAACUAAGCAAAAAGCUCUACAAGUGCGUCAAAAAAGCGGCUAAAACCAAACAGAUCCGACGAGGAGUAAAAGAGGUACAGAAGUUCAUCAAUAAAGGAGAGAAGGGUAUUGUGGUGUUUGCUGGAGACACUCUUCCCAUCGAAGUGUACUGUCACUUACCAAUCAUGUGUGAAGACAGAAACAUGCCCUAUGCUUAUGUGCCAUCUAAAGUUGACUUGGGUUCAUCAGCUGGAUCAAAGCGUCCCACCUGUGUUAUCAUGAUCAAACCACAUGAUGAAUAUAAAGAAGCCUACGAUGAGUGUCUGGAGGAAGUCACGUCUCUGCCCAAACCAAUCUGAGGACACUUGAAUGUUUUUAUGAUU